ACUCAGUAGACUUCUGCCAAAUUUGGAAUCACACGCCCUUCUCGGAAUCGGGCUAAUGACACCUCUGGUCUUGCCACCGUUCAUCAACUUUUCCCAUCAUAAACACCCUUCACCUCAUCAUAUACACCCUGCCGGCCCGGUUCCCAAUCGGUGCCGUGUACUGAGAAACGGUUCGCGAGGCCGGAUCACCAAGCAUCAGAGGUUCACCGAAACGGAUCUCAUCGCCAUUGUAAUAUUGUGAUUCAGCGAGACUUGUGGCUAGGAGGCCGGUUACUGCCGUGUUUUAGGACAGAUUUGUUAUUGCUUGGUAGCCAAUGUACAAGACAGGAAGCGUCCGGAAGCGAUGCGGAGGUCCGAGACGAUUGUAAGCAAAAAUAUCUACUACGUAAAGAAGGGAGCUCAUAGAUAGGAAUUGGUUCUCAUCUCCUCUACUAUAAACUCCUCUCUGCCAUCCAAAGUCUCAGCCGUGUUUGGCAUACAUCUUCUCCAUGGAACAACGUGGUUCGUCAAAUAGCAUCAUGACAGCUCCAAAGCUUACCGAUCCUACCCUCAUCAGAAACGCGUGUUACGUCAAUGGUGAAUGGGUAGCUGCAAAGUCUGGGAAGGACUUUGCUGUCGAAAACCCUUCAACCCUUGAAAAGAUUGGGAACUGUCCCGAGUUCGACGCCAGUGACACCGAAGCCGCUAUCGCCGCCGCCGAUGCCGCAUACAAGACAUACCGCAAGACCCCGGCUCGCCAGCGGGCCCGGUACCUCCGCCACUGGUAUGAUCUCAUGAUGGAGAACUCGGAGGACAUUGCACGACUCAUUACCCUUGAGAACGGCAAGCCUCUGGCAGAUGGCAGGACAGAGGCCAACUAUGCAGCAGCUUUCUUUGAAUGGUUUUCAGAGGAGGCCCCUAGAAUUUAUGGUGAGACCAUCGAGGCAACAAACCCAUCAUGUCGUCUAUCCACCAUCAAACAGCCCGUAGGUGUCUGCGGCCUCAUUGCACCGUGGAACUUUCCUGCUGCCAUGAUUACCCGAAAGGCCGGGCCUGCGCUCGCUGCUGGCUGUACUGUUGUCAUUAAAGCUCCCGCUGAGGCUCCUCUGACAGCUCUUGCUCUGGCUGAGCUGGCGCAUCGUGCUGGAAUUCCUGCCGGCGUUGUCAACGUUAUUACAGCCUUGGAUAACACUGCUGAAGUGGGCAAAGUCUUGACUACACACCCCAAGGUCAAGAAGGUCUCUUUCACUGGGUCAACUGGCGUGGGCAGACUCCUUAUGAACCAAUCGUCAUCAACGAUCAAGAAAUUGUCCUUUGAAUUGGGUGGAAACGCUCCUUUCAUCGUUUUCGAAGAUGCGGACCUUGAUAAGGCUGUUAAGGGUGUGAUCGCCUGCAAAUUCCGUAACUCGGGUCAAACUUGCGUUUGCGCCAACCGAAUUCUGGUGCACCGCAGUAUCUAUGACAAGUUUGUCCAAAUGGUCCUCGAUGUUGUCAAGACCUUCGUUGUUGGUGACGGCUUUGGUGAGAAGACAACCCAUGGUCCUCUCAUCCAUGGUCGUGCCGUAGCCAAGGCUGCUGAGCAUGUUGAAGAUGCUCUUUCCAAGGGAGCCAAGCUUAUCCACGGUGGCGAGCGUCUACCACACCUCGGUCCUAACUACUUUGACCUCACAAUGUUAACUGGUAUGAAGCCUGGCAUGAAGAUCUGUAGCGAAGAGACUUUCGGGCCUGUUGCUGCUUUCUUUGCAUUCGACAACGAGGACGAAGCUAUCGAGCUUGCGAACGACAGUGAUGUUGGCCUUGGAGGCUAUUUCUUCAGCAACAAUGUGAACCGAUGUUAUCGCGUGGCUGAAGCCUUAGAGGUUGGUAUGGUUGGUGUAAAUUGCGGCGUCCUGAGCGACCCUGCCGCUCCUUUCGGCGGCAUUAAGCAGAGUGGUUUUGGAAGAGAAGGAAGCAAGUAUGGUAUCGACGAGUUUACAAUCACCAAGAUGGUCAUGACAAAUAUUGAUCCAUAAGUUUUGGUCGAGUUGAGACAUAAAUUAGGCUGGCUAUAGACGAAAUAAUACCCACAGGACGGUUAUAGAGACGGAGUGUGACAACAUUUAGGUGAACAAAAUUGCUAUACUGAUAGACCAGCGGACUUUCACGUGUAUGUGGAGAGUACACUACUCUAAGCGAUCGUAUCAGACGCCCAGACCCUUGACGUGCAGGCCGGCUCAUCUUGACCAAAUGGGGAAUGUA